AACUGUUUUCCCAUCCCCAAUUCAAUUUUUCUGUGCUCUCCGUCGCGGUGAAAGCGGCGAAACCACCAACGUAUAUAUAUUUAUACCUUUAAAAAUCCCAAAUAAAGCUUCGUCCGAACUCAAGCUCAAAAAUCUGCACAGAGAAGCGACCAUGGCAUUUUCUAGAUUCUCCUUGGCUAGGGUUUCUGCUCUGUGCAGUGUGUCUUUCUCAUCUUCAAUUCCUGUAUCUCCCCUCACUCUGUUGCUCCCCCAAAUCCGGAACUUCACUCUCUCAGGUUCAAUCCGAUCGCAAGACUCCUCCCCUUUAGUCAUUUCUCCUUCCCCCAAGAAGACCGGCCGGUGGAAACCAAUGUGCUUGUACUACACGCAGGAUAAGUGCACCAAGAUGGAUGAUCCUAUUCAUCUAGAAAAAUUCAAUCACAGUUGCUCUGUGGAGCUUCAAGCAAAUACCAAUGAAUUCAAGCAUAUACGCUCUCAGCACCUGGACUUUUUUCUAGUGCUUGAUUUGGAGGGGAAAGUUGAGAUUCUUGAGUUUCCAGUUGUGAUGAUUAAUGCAAAAACCAUGGAUGUUGUCAAUUUUUUUCACAGGUUUGUCAGACCUUCAGAAAUGAGUGAGCAAAAAAUAAAUGAAUAUAUUGAAGGAAAAUAUGGAAAAUUUGGAGUCGAUCGUGUGUGGCAUGAUACUGCUAUUCCAUUUAAAGAAGUUAUUCAUCAAUUUGAAGCUUGGAUGAUAGAGCAUCAGCUGUGGGGAAAGGGGCGAGAUGACCGUCUUAAUCGAGCUGCAUUUGUCACUUGUGGUAAUUGGGAUUUGAAAACAAAAAUCCCUCAGCAAUGCAAAGUGUCAAGGAUGAAGCUUCCUGCAUAUUUUCUGGAAUGGAUUAAUAUUAAGGAUGUCUAUCUAAAUUUCUACAAGAGAAGGGCCACUGGAAUGAUGACAAUGAUGAAGGAACUUCAGAUGCCAUUGUUGGGAAGUCACCAUCUUGGGAUUGAUGACACAAAGAACAUAGCAAGGGUGUUGCAACGCAUGCUUGCUGAUGGUGCUCUUAUGAAGAUUACUGCAAGGAGGAAUCCUGAUUCUCCUGAAAAUGUUGAAUUCCUCUUCAAGAACCGUAUAAGAUGAGCUGCGGCUGCUUUGGUUUACAGAGUCCUGGGAUGAAUUCCUUGGCUUGCUAUUUCUCCGGCCAAAACUCAAGAUUUCAAUGACACAAUGAGAUUCAAGUCAAAUUGUGGGCAGGCAGUAUGGAUGGGAAAUGAGAUGAAAGCUGUGGAUAGAUGCCCUUUUUUCCUGCUAUGGUGGUUGACCCAUUUUUUAAUGUUGUCCAUGUAUCCGUUUGGAAUGAAUAUCACUUUGUCAUGCUCAUUGAGAAAAAAAAAAAAAAAAUUGCUAAAUUGAAUUGAAGGCUCAA